AUGGAUAGUAAAAGUGAAGAAAUAAGUUCAAUAUUUGAACGUUUUCGUCAAUAUCUUACGACAAAUGAUAUAAAUCUAUUAUUAAAUGAAUUUAAUCAUUAUCGUACAACAUGGUCAACAAAUAAAUUUCGUAUGUUUUUAACUAAUACACUUGUUGUUAUGCGAACAUGGGCUGAUAAUCAAAAACAAACAAUUAGAACUGAUCAAUUUGAAGAUUGGGAUACCGAAGAAACACCAACAACGAAUUCAACAAGUGAUAAAAUGAAAGUAUCUGCUCAUUAUUUAUUUAUAAAUAUUGUGGAUUAUUUACAAUCAGCUGUUAAAUCAGGACAAUCAGAUCGAAUGACAGCAGAUGUUGAAUUUGAUAUGUGGAAACGUAUUGUUACAAAUAAAUGGACAAUGAAUGAAAAGUUUUAUACCUAUCUCUAUAAUACAAAUAUAUGUUUACCAACUCGUUUAACACGUUCACUUCAUAAUGAUAUGUAUAAUUUUUAUAUUUCAACAGAAAAAUGGUCAUCAUCAACAAAAAUUCUUUUAAUUGAAUUAGGCUUUAUUUAUUUAUUAAUUCAUGAUAAUGUAUUUCUUGGUUGUAAUCAUAUUCUAACUGCAUGUACAAUUUUUACUCUUGAUGAUUAUAUUACUUUAACAAAAUAUAGUCAAAUAGAUCCAUUAAAUUAUCAAACAAAAUUAAUAACAUCAAUGAAUACACCAGAAAAAAUGAAAGUUUUUCUAGAUUAUUAUCCAAAUGUUGAUUUAUCUGAAUUAAUAUCGGGUAAUAGUGAACUUUAUCAACAACGAAUGCCAUUAACAAUAUUUGAUAGACUUUUAAAAAUGGAACCAUUUUAUUAUGAAACAACUGAUCAUAUAUUAUUAGAAAAUACACCAAAUUUUACAUCGAUCAAUACUAAUGUUCGAUCAGCAAAUAUGUUAUAUUUAUUUCAAAAACUUAUUUGCAACGGAGCUAAACUUUCAAUAAACCUUGAUAGUGCUUAUUAUCAAAAUCAUCGAAUUCCAUUUUUUGUUUCUACACUUGGUUUUUACCUUCUGUCAAUGAUCCGUUAUCGUGAUAUAUUUAUUGUUCCUUCAUCGGAUACAGCAAAUGAUAGUGAUAAUGAUAUUCUACCUAAUUCAUUAACAAAAAUUAAAAUAGAUCAAAAUUUAAGUCCAAAUUAUUUUGAUUCACUUAAUAAUAAUUAUAUUUAUUAUCUUAUAAAACGUACAUCAACAUUUUCUCCAUUAUUUCGUUCAUUUUUUCUCAAUCAUUUAUAUUUAUCUUGUCCAUUAUUACAUAAAUCUCAAUUUAUAAAUCAUAAAAAUUCUAUAAAAAAUAUUCGUCUUCGUUCAUUAUAUGAUGAAAUAUUUGAACAACGAACAUUUCUUACACUUAAACAACGUUGUCGAUUAAUAAUUAAAGAAUCAAUAAAUAAAUAUCCAUUAGAUAUAAAAAAUUUAAUACAAUUACCAUUGACACUUCAAUAUUAUUUAUCAUUUGAUUUUUUAAAUCCAAAUUUUGUUCAAAUAACAUUAGAUAAAUUAAAUAAUGUUGAUGCUAGAAUUAAACCAUUAUUUUUUGAUGAAUUACAAUUUCAUGAGCAUGAUCUAGAACAAAUUAAUGGACAUAAUGAUUGGGAAGAUCAAAUACCUGAAGAUGUUGAUUAUGAUAAUGAACAUGAUAAUGAUGAUGAACCUGAUUAUGAUGAAAAUGAUGAAGAUGCUGAUCUUUUUGAUGAAGAAGGACUUUAUUCAAAUAACGACGAAGAAGAUGAAUGGUGA